CAAGGCGCUCACAUCUCUCGCUUUGUACGAGGGGCUAGGACCUUGAGCAGUCAGCACAGCAGAGAAACCCAGAGAGAGGGAGAGAUGGAGAAAAAGAGCGUGAGUUUGGAGGGGAAGAAGGUCAUAAUGGUACCGUACAUGGAGGCACAUGUACCUAAGUACCAUGAGUGGAUGCAAGACCCUGCUCUCCUUCAAGCCACCGGCUCGGAGCCCCUCACACUUGACCAGGAGUUCCAAAUGCAGCUCUCCUGGACCCAAGACCCCCACAAGAAGACUUUCAUUGUAUUGGAUAAGGAGAUGGUUGUUGGGGACUUCAUUCAUGGGGACCCCCAUGUUGAAGCCAUGAUUGGUGAUGUGAACCUAUACAUGAACGAUUUGGAUGAUCCCCAUAUGGCAGAGAUUGAAAUAAUGAUAGCUGAACCCAAAAGCCGGGGUAAAGGACUUGGAAAGGAAUGUGUCUUGAUAAUGAUGGCAUUUGCAGUUGAGAACUUAGAGAUCUGUAUCUUCCGUGCAAAAAUUGGAGAAUCAAAUGGAACGUCUCUUGCCUUGUUCAAGAAAUUGGGAUUUAAAGAGACUUCUUAUAGUGAAAUAUUUAAAGAGGUGACUUUGGAGUUACAAGUAACCAAGCCCAAGCAAGAAGAGCUGCUACAUUUGAUGGGUUCUGUCCUUAUACAUGCAUAGCCCUAAAGAACGUGACCAAUAAUCUGAUUUAUCUGUUGUAGAAUGAGGUCUUCUUCCAGUGUUUGAAGUUGUUUGGACUUUAAAUACGCCAAACAUCUUGUUAAAUGAUGGUUCACUUGAAAGUAGAGAUUAUGAAUUGCCUAAGAAACCCAUAUUAAUAGAUCAUUUUCUCCAGGUUCUUAUUUCCUGGUUUUUUUUUUUUUUGGUCAUUCA